ACGAGGUAGCGCCUCACGGUCGCCCGCUUGAUAUAGACGACGCGGAUGAAGAGGCUGACAAACCUAGUCUAUCCGCUUGUCUGUCCUUCAACUUCUUCAAUACGGGUAAAUGACAACAAAUCAGUCUAGACCCCGACAACCGUGUAAUUGCGCAUGUGUUUGCGAAUAGUCGCACAGUAGCAACAUUCAUCUGUCUGACGUUUGCACGUUCACGAGUUAGCCACCCCGACUGCAACAACAUCGAAGAAAAUCGCUGCGUUCCGAAGAAAUUUUUCCGCUUAGGCAGGUUUUAUUGUAUUAAACCUGUCCGAAACGGACCCUUUACAAAGCAGAAGAUUUAGGCACUUACAGAUUUUUCGUGGAAACUUAACCGAGAGAAUUUGUAUUCAGUAAUUGUCUAAGGACAGAGAUAAUUAAGAUUAAAGAUUUAUCUGGAGGAUAAUGCAUUUCUGAAGAAAUAUCGAUAUCAUUUUAUCUUCAUGUGAGUUUUAAAACACCAUUCUUGAAAUUUUCUGCAAAGAAUUUAAUUUUCUAGAGAUUUCGGAAUAUCUAAAUUGAUAAAAAAGUUUAUCCAACAGCAUUUAAAGACAAUAGAAACACUUCCUCUUCUUGUCACAACUGAUUACAAAGCUAGAAGAUUUCUAAGCUUCUACAGUCUUUGAAAUUCCCAAGAGGAAGUGUCUUAGACUAUCUCGAUUUGUGUCAGCUCCAAUUAAUUGUUUUGACUGUCCAAAUCGUUUGUCGAUAGAAUAUGUACUACGAAGACCUACUUCAAGUACUAAUCUGCUGUUUUUCUUCUUCCGUAUCAAAAUAAUUGAAGCUAGUCCACCAUCUUUAAUUGAAAUUCUUUUAUAUAAGAACUAAAAUACACUAUGAACGAAGAUAUUUUAGAAAUUGCUAACAUCACCGCAAACUGUAGCAUCAUGAAUAAUACUAUAUCAAAUAGUAUUAAUUGUCCGUUUGAACCAAAAAGUAGUGAUUAUGUAUCCGGCCCACCUAUUCUUGUAUUGGAAUUUGCCAAAAUUUUAUUCGGAAUCGUUUGUGUGACUGGACUGUGUGGAAAUUUGUUAGUCAUCUACGUCGUCUUGAGAUUUUCUAAAAUGCAGACGGUCACGAACAUGUAUAUCUUCAACCUGGCAGUGGCCGACGAAAUGUUCUUAAUUGGCUUACCUUUCCUGUUAACUACCAUGGACUUCCGGUAUUGGCCCUUAGGUUCGGUUAUGUGUAAAAUAUAUAUGACUACAACAUCCAUUAACCAGUUCACUAGCAGCCUUCUAUUAACAGUCAUGAGUGCCGAUCGUUACGUUGCUGUAUGCCAUCCAAUUUCUUCACCACGAUAUCGUACACCCAUAAUUGCUAAAUUAAUAUGUCUGACGGUCUGGACUGUAUCAGCUCUGUUGAUGGUUCCUGUAUAUCUGUAUGCGACUAUCUUGGAAAUCAACUCUAUUGACAGAUGCAACAUCUAUUGGCCAGAAAGCAGUUACAUGAAUGGACAGAAGGCUUUCACUUUAUAUUCGUUUACACUUGGAUUCGCUAUACCAUUAGUUCUGAUAUUACUCUUUUAUUUCUUAGUCAUAUGUAAACUAAGAAAAGUAGGACCUAAGAAUAAAUCACGAGAGAAGAAACGAUCGCAUCGUAAAGUCACUUACUUGGUUUUAACAGUUAUAACAGUAUAUGUCAUAUGUUGGUUGCCAUAUUGGAUCACUCAAGUAUAUUUAACAUUCUCACCACCCGGCCAGGAUCAAUCAGAAAUUGGUUUUACCAUAAUGUUACUAGCCGGUUGCUUAUCUUAUGGAAAUUCUGCCAUGAAUCCAAUUUUAUACGCGUUUCUAAGCGAUAAUUUUAAGAAAAGUUUUGCUAAAGCAUUUACAUGUGUAGCCAGUAGAGACAUCAACGCUCAGCUUCAAGUAGAGAAUAGUGUUUUCCCGAAGACAACACACGGAAGUUCCUCACGAGGACACCCACCUCGUCGCAAACAACUAACAACGACAAGGCAAGAAACAGAACAAUCCACAGCAAUCACAUUAACUUCGCGUUCAAACAUAGUGAUGGGUGAGAAAGAAUAUACAAUGCGCAAUGGAUUUAGUAAACAGUCCUCCGAAACUGAACCGACUCAAGUUUAAAAAAAGACAGUUACCAAAUAUGGUAUCGUAGAAAAUGUCAUAUCAAUUAUGGUAAAAAUCUCCUUUGGAAUGAUGAUAAAUUAACAAGUUUUUCAUCAUCUUACAGUCGAAUUAUAAACAAUAAGAUAACGCUUUGUGAUUUGUUUGCCUAUAUGAUGACAUGCAGAUGUUGCUCAAGUGUUUGGACUUUCAUUGUAUAUAAUUUUACCACAUAUACACAAAUAACCGUAUAACUAUUAUCUUUAUAGUAAACAAUGUCCAUCUAACAAUUUAAUGAUGUUAUUAUCUCUUUGAAUAAGUAUCUUUUACAAUGAUAAAUAUAUUAUUGUUAAUCUAGAAUUGUCAUAGUUUAGAAUAAGAAUUACUAAAUGUCAUUUUAUUGUUAAUUUAACUAACAUUAAACAAUGUUUAAAUGUAUUAUUCGAAGGACAAUUGAAUUGAUUUUAAACUUU